AUGGCAUCAUCCCACCUCCGCCACACAUCCCCCGGCCCCCUAACCGUCAAACACUUCAUCGACUCCUUCCAGCGCAUAUGGCUGGAGUCACGACCAGCCCGAACAGGGCGGAAAUAUGACCCUCAUCUCCCACGCAGAAUCGGCCUCGCCAUAAGCGGCGGCGCCGACUCCAUGGCCCUCGCCUACCUCUGCAAACAAUGGGAACUUACCCAGAGGCAAACAAGCAACGACACCGUCUCCGUGACAGCAUUCGUUGUGGACCACAAAGCCCGCGAGGAGAGUACUCGCGAAGCGAACAUGGUUGCAGGCUGGCUUGACGAUAUGGGCCUAAUGACUCAAAUCCUCCCCCUCACCUGGCCAUCCUACUCCAUCUCCGCCUUCGAAACCCACGCCCGGCGCUUGCGCUUCCAAGCUCUCGGGCAGGCCUGUCGAGCACGGAACAUCGAGACGCUCCUCAUGGGCCACCACCAAGACGACAACGUCGAGACGACUCUCUGGCGUCUCUGCACAGGGGCACGGGGCGCCGGACUAGCGGGUAUUCCAGCGGUGACGCGCAUUCCGGAAUGCCAUGGGUUAUAUGGGGUUGCGGAGAGUGGAUCUUCAAUGACAUUAUCGAAACCGGCAAAUCAUACUAACUAUCGCAUCAAAACUACGAACACCAACGAACUAAGACUUACAGAAUCACCACCCACCCCCACAACCCAGGACCAACAAAAGCAGUACCAAAUAUCAACAGGCGGAAUCUCCAUAACCCGCCCCCUCCUAUCCUUCCCCAAACGAUCCCUCCUCGCAACAUGCAAAGAAAACAACAUCCCCUACGUCGACGACCCUACAAACUUCGACCCAACCUUGACUCCCAGAAAUGCCAUCAGGAGUCUCCUCGCGGAGAAGAAGCUCCCACGUGCGCUGCGCGAAGAAUCUAUCCUUUCAUUGAUGAGAAAGAGUAAUUCGCUUCUGAGGUCGGUGAUGGAGAACUCAAAUGAGAUUCUUGAGCGGUGCGAGGUCCUCGAGUUCGCGCCGGAUACGGGGUGUUUGAUUAUCAAGUUCCCUCCACCAUCAAAGAAACCCACCCCAACUGAAAUGAAUAAAGACACAUCAUCCCUCACCCUCCGACGCAUCACCGAACUCAUCUCCCCAUUCCCGGAGAACCAUUUUCCGUUGCGGAGUUUCGAGCCUUUCGUUUCUCGCGUUUUCCCUUCUCAUUCUUCUUCUCCCCAUUCCUCUCCAAUAUCACAAGAACGAGGAAAUACCCCAGCAAAGCAACAAUCUUUCACGCUAGGAGGGGUUAUGUUCCAGCCUCUUCGAUGCGAUUUCUCACCACCCCCUUCCUCAACCACCACCACAACCACACCAGAUUUUACAAACUAUAAAAAUACCUACCUCCUCACCCGCCAACCAUACAUGCGGAACCGUCUCCCUAUUUUGCCCAUUAGUGUGCCUAUCUACUCAUCCUCAUGCUAUUCAACCCAGCACAGCGGAAACACGGAAACGUCCCAAAGACCAACCGAUGCAUCGGACUGGCAUCUCUGGGAUAACAGGUACUGGUUCCGAGUUACAGGGACGAGUAUACCGCCUCCAUCAGGGGCAGGGGCAGGUGCAGGACCGAUGUCGCUGUCGCUGGUUGUGCGGCCGUUACAAAAGUCUGAUCUGAAGGGGAUUCGCAUGGCUGCGUCUAAAGAGGAGAUGAGAGUAUUGAUGGAUCGGUUGGGACGGGAUGCGCCGGGGUUGGUUCGCUUUACUUUGCCGUUGUUGUUGUAUGUUGGAGAUGGAGGGAAGGAGGUGCCGUUGGCGUUGCCGACUAUAGAGAUGUGGUUGCCUGGAGCUGAAGAUACUCUAAAGUCAAUGUCAUGUAGUGUCCGGUGGGAGUGGAUGUAUAAGAUGAUUAAUCGGGAACCGUUGGAACGGAUGGGUUGGUUGAAGAACUAG